AUGGCAAAAGGUUCAGCUUUUGCAUCCAUCCAAAUUUCCCUUGUGCUAUUACUAGCAAUCUUUGUUUGUUCAGAAGCUGAUCUUCUUGGCCCUGACUGUUGCUGCCGUGGAAAGGAAACAAAUAUUACUGUGUACCUUCAAGUGUUUACGGGCGGACCAAAUACCACCAGUGUUGCAGUUGCCGGCGCCCCUGGUAUGCCGAGAACUCCCUCCAAUUUUGGAACCAUUAUUGUUAAUGAUGCUAACAUGACACAAGGCAUCAGCAACAAUUCUCCAAUUAUUGGUCGGGCCCAAGGCAUUUACAUAGCUUCAUCCCGUGAUGGAUCAAGCUCACAGGGCAUAUUUUCCCUCCUUUUCUCCAACAUCCAAUACAACGGUAGCACAUUGGAAUUCCAAGGACCAGGAUAUAACUUACAAGUCGGUGGUACGGCGAGAGAAAUUCCAAUAGUUGGUGGCACCAAAACGUUUAGGCUUGCUCGGGGAUAUGGAUUUUUCCAGACAGUUCUGCAAAAUCCGGUACAGAAUAAAACGGUUAUAAAGGGCGAUAUUACCGUAAUCCAAUACCCAGGAGGAGGGAAAGUUUGA